UGCAUAUCUAUCUGGAAAACCUGGCUGUGGGAAAAGUGAAAUGGCAAGGCAAGUUGGAGAAAAAUUCUACACCAGUAUUGAAGACCAAACAGAAGUAAAGUUCGUGUUCACCUUCAAUGCAUCGAGCAUUGAAACUCUGAUCCAUUCAUAUAUUGAAUUUACAAGAAUAUUAGGAUGUCCAAAACAAUCAAUAGCAAUGGUCGUAACAGCAAAAGAUGCGUGUCUGGAAAAGAAGAUAAUGCAGUUAAGAGGUCUUGCAUCACCCAAACUGGAGAAGUAUUCUUCGUGGAUGAUGAUUGUCGAUAACGUGACAGACCUGGAGCUGGUUUCCAAAUAUUUUCCUCACAAGAAAAAGAAUACAAGUGGGAACGGUCAUGUGCUUGUGGCGACUCAAGAUAGUCGAGCCAUGACGCUUGAUUCCAAUUACACUUUCUUUUGUUCAAUUAGCCCUGACAUGAAAACCGUUGAUGCAAUAAAAACACUUAAAGAGAUAUCUACGUUUUCUAAGGAACAAGAGGAAGUAUUUGAAGUGGCGAAAGCGCUUGACUGUCAACCAUUGUCACUUGCGUGCGCUGCAAUUUACAUGCGAAAUGCCUUCAAAAGAGAAUCUCCCAUAACUUGGACAACGUUUCUCGAGGAGCAUACUAAGGCAGCCACAAGAACUGAUGUUAAGACCGGCUUAACUUGCCCAGCAUCUAUGAAGGCAGCCGUUAUGAUGGCUUUAGAAAAAGAAAUCAGCGAUAGUAUCUUGAUGCUCGCGUUCCAGUUCUUGUCUGUAAUGGCUCCGGAGCCUAUUUCCCUUGAGUACGUCGUCCAGUAUGUGAAAACUUGUAAACCUGAUACUAAUGAUCAAGUGGUGGCUGCCAGGGUGCGUUCUUCUUCCCUCGUGCGCAUUUCUGCAGAAGGUUCAACAGUAAGUGUACAUCAAGUCGUUCAUGACUGCCUACAAACAGUUAUGUCACAACACAAAGAAAUUAAUAUUGAGUUGCUAGAGUUGCUGAAAAUGUUGAAGGCCUUUCCACUGCUUAGAUCUUACAACACUGAAGACAUCGAACACAUUUUUACAACAAGUUCACUUUUGAUUCACUUCUUGACAUUUAUAAGAAGACUGGAGCAUUUAGUUGAAAGAUCUUUGAGUAGUGAAAUCUUAUUACAAAUACCUUCGGAGGAAAAGGACACAACAAACUCCUUAUUCCUAGUCAGUGACAUUAUUUACACUUAUGGACACUAUAUUGCCUCUGAAAUAUGCAAAGAGAUAUCUACAGCUAUCCAGGAAGGCAUGUCGGAUGAAAAUGAUCCACGUCUAGCUGAGACCAUGAAAAAACUCGGUCUCAUCAACCUUAAGACGAAAAAACAUCAACAAGGCGAGAAGUAUUUGGAAAAGGCAUUGGCUAUCCAAGAAAAAGCAUAUGGUCAUGAUGAUUCACAUUUAGCUACUACGCUGAAUGAAAUGGGAUUCUGUCACCGUCUUCAAAAUCAGCAUCAAGAAGCCAUGAGGUGUUUCGAGAGAGCAUUGGCUAUCCAAGAGAAGGCGUAUAGUCACGAUGAUCCACGUUUAGCUACUACGCUGAAUAAAAUGGGAUUCUGUCACCUUGGCCUAGUACAGCAUCAAGAAGCCAUGAGGUGUUGCGAGAGAGCAUUGGCUAUCCAAGAGAAGGCGUAUGGUCACGAUGAUCCACGUUUAGCUACUACGCUGAAUGAAAUGGGAUUCUGUCACCUUGGCCUAGGACAGCAUCAAGAAGCCAUGAGGUGUUUCGAGAGAGCAUUGGCUAUCCAAGAGAAGGCGUAUGGUGACGAUGAUCUACGUUUAGCUACUACGCUAAAUGGACUGGGAGUCAGUCACCGUCUUCAAAAUCAGCAUGAAGAAACCAUGAAGUGUUUUGAAAGAGAAUUGGCUAUCCAAGAGAAGGCGUAUGGUCACGAUGAUCCACGUUUAGCUACUACGCUGAAUGAAAUGGGAUUCUGUCACCGUCGUCAAAAUCAGCAUCAAGAAGCCAUGAGGUGUUUCGAGAGAGCAUUGGCUAUACAAGAGAAGGCGUAUGGUCACGAUGAUCCACGUUCAGCUACUACGCUGAAUGAAAUGGGAUUCUGUCACCGUCGUCAAAAUCAGCAUCAAGAAGCCAUGAGGUGUUUCGAGAGAGCAUUGGCUAUCCAAGAGAAGGCGUAUGGUCACGAUGAUCCACGUUCAGCUACUACGCUGAAUGAAAUGGGAUUCUGUCACCGUGAUCUAGGACAGCAUCAAGAAGCCAUGAAGUGUUUUGAAAGAGCAUUGGCUAUACAAGAGAAGGCGUAUGAUCACGAUGAUCCACGUUUAGCUACUACACUAAAUGAAAUGGGAUUCAGUCGCCGUGAUCUAGGACAGCAUCAAGACUAA